AAAGAAAAUUUAAAGACAGAAAUAAACAAUCAAACAAAUUUAAAAGGAAACGCAAUUCUCAACAAGAAUACCAAAGAAGAAAUAGAUAUAAAGAUAAAUACAACAGUAACAUCUGUGAGCAAGAAUAUUAAUCUUGAAGAAUAUUCUAGCUCUUCUGAAGAUUCCGAAUUAAAUAAUGAAAUUAUAUCUUUUAAAUCUUCAACGCAUUCUUUGAAUAAAGAAAUGCAUCAGAAACUUUCACAAAAAUUUAAUAUGAAAAUGAAUAAGCACAAAUCAAGUCAAAACUUGAUUAAUAGAAUAUUCAAGAAUCGAUAUUCAAAAAUAAAUGAAAUAUUCAAUGAUCCUGCGAAAACAAUUCCACUCCCUAGAAAAUGUGGAAUAAUUAAUGUAAUUUUUUCUGAUCGGGCUUUUCCCACUCCGGCUAGGGAGAGUUCUUUCGUUGAAGAACAAGAAUGGCUUUCCAAACAAGCGGAAACUAGAAGAAAAACAGGAUUUGUUGUCGAAAAUCUUCGUCCUGAAGAACAGGAUCCUCAGUGGUUAAAAGACAAGGGCGAUGAUUUCUUUAAAGUGGGAAAUUAUUUAGCUGCUAUCAGUGCAUAUACAUAUGGAAUAAAAAUCAAUGAUAAAAUGGUGGCACUUUAUAUGAACAGAUCUGCUGCUCAUUAUGCUCUUGGAAAUUAUUACAGAUGCAUUGAUGAUUGUUCUAAGGUAUUGGAGUUGAUGGAACCAAAGUGUGAAAGUAACAGAAUGUCACGAGUAAAGUGUCAUGCUCGUCGAGGUGCUGCACUUUGCAAAUUAUCGGCACCACAGCAUGGAAUUCCCGAACUAGAAGCUGCCUUAAAGUUAGAUCCAAAUAACAAUAGCAUUAGAUAUGAUCUUUAUGCCACUAAGCAAUAUUUUAAUAUAAAGGAAUAAGAAAGAAAAA